UGUGUGUGUGUGUGUGUGCGUGUGUGUGUGUGUGCGUGCGUGUGUGUGCGCGCGUCUGUUUUGUGUGUGUGUGUGUGUGUGUGUGUGUGUGUGUGUGUGUGUGUGUGUGUGUGUGUGUGUGUGUGUGUUUAUUGGGUCGUGCUGAAAGCUCGGGCGCUUAAAACGCUGUCAUAAACAGAACAAACCCAAGCAGCUCAGUUCCUCGAGUUGUCAUUCCGUGCAUGCGGUGACUCCUGACUCCUGAUUCGGCUCUUUACCGACUCUCUCCUUAAGGAUCCCAAGAGCUCCACACUAUCCCUGAUGUCUUUUUCACACAGCUCCACUGAAGAAAGGAAGGAGGGAGUCCACUAAUUUACCUUCUGAGCAAACAGCUGAUGUGUUCAUGUUCCACAGUCAGUUAUGGGAUUAAUGACUGGUAGCUUUUAUGACUUGUGAAUCUUGAAGUUUCAAGAUGUGUGAUGUAGAAACAGAAGAGAAAAAGGUACUCCCAGAGUCCAUUAUGGAGAGGGGGACCGUGGAAAGGAAGGAGGAGAUGGAGUGUCAUGGCAGCCAUUCAGUGGAGGAGGAGCAGCAGAAGACGGAUACACACCAAGGGCAGCUUAAAAGAAAUCAGAAGGGCAAAGGGAAACUAAUCAGAAGUGCAGCUGUGUGUGAUGACGCUUCGCCCACUGAAUCAAGCAACAAGAGCUCUGAGGGUGAAUGUUCACUGACAGCCAUCACUGCAGUGUGUGAAGGAGAGCAACUGGAUAAAUGCAAGGACAGCAACACCAUGAAAAAACCAAGCUUAUCCAAAGAAUCAAGUCUUGAGUAUACAGACUCAACCGGCAUUGAUCUAGAAGAGUUUCUGAUUACUACUCUAAAGAGCAGUCCCAGGGACAGAUUGAUGCUGCUGAAACUGGAGCAAGACAUGACUGAUUUUAUGACAGACAACUGCCUUUAUAAGAAGUUUCCUCAGAUGUCAUCCUAUCACAGGAUGCUGGUUCACAGAGUUGCAGCAUAUUUUGGGCUAGAACACAACGUGGAUCACAGUGGAAAAGCUGUCAUUAUCAACAAAGCCAGCAACUCCAGGAUACCAGAGCAGCGGUUUGCUGAACAUGUCCAGGAGGAGAGAAGUGAAGAAAAAAGGUCAAUACUAAAGAGAGACAACAGCCAGGAGAAAGACGACAGUCAGCUGAGGAAGCCACAGCUGAUGGAGCAAAUGAAGAGUAAAUCAUUUGAGGAGAGAGAAGAAGAGUAUCAGAAAGUUAGAGAGAGAAUCUUCUCUCAGGAUUCAUCCUGUCCUGUUCAGAGUGUUUACAUUGAGACCAGAGGUCCAGAGGACUGCUUUAAUAUGCACAGUGAGACUCAAAGGAGGAGACAGCUCUUUAGAGGUACCAGGAACGGUUCAGGUCAGCUGUCAGGCAGCAGCUUUGAGAUGGACUGUCACUGGAAUGACCCUCGACCCUGGAGCAGCACCGAUUCUGACAGUUCCACCUGGAGCUCCAAACCCACACAAUCGCUCCCAGACAACAAUUCCAAACUCUGCAAGCCAGUGACAGAGACAGCAACCAGUAACAGUUCAGCGUUUGUUCUGGUGCCAGCAGAGUCCUCUAUUCUUCCUGGGACUAUCCUACUCAACCCAAACACAGGACAGCCAUAUUUGAAUCCUGAUGGAACUCCAGCUGUUUACAAUCCACCAGUGAGCCAGCAGACGCUGAGCAAUCAGCUAAACCCAGUGCAGUCACAGGCCCAACCGCCUCCCCAACCACACCAGCCAGCAGUGAUGAGCCACUCUCUUCCACAGGUUCAGUAUUCUUCUAUGACGUACCUUCCUCCACAGUACCACACUCCAGAGCAGAGUAGGGAAGACCUUUCAUCUCAAUUCAGUAACAUGGCUGUGAGCCAUCAGUCUGUAGGUGAAACAUCAGACGUGUCCACCUACUACGUGCAGGGAGCUCCGCCCACACACGGCUACUCACAACCCCAACAGAAUUAUGCACCACCCUACCCUGCAGAUACCUAUAUGAGCUCAGGAAUGCCACUGGCUAUGCCUACAGCCCAACCCACUCAGCUCUGUGGUCACCAGAGCAAUCAGGUCCCCAUGUAUAGUUACCCUGCUCAGUGUGCCAACACAUCUCAGCAAUAUGGACCGGCCAGUUACAACACACAGACAGGUACAGGAUACACUGCUCUUUUAACAAGCCAGCAACAAGCUUACUCCAACAUGGUGGGAGCUCCACCUGUGUUACCUCAAACACAGAAAAGCAUCAUGGGCUCCUAUUCUUCCACCUCAUCCUAUCAGAUGGUUCCACCGUUGCAGUCCUACCCCUCGACAGUGCUGGUCUCCAGGCAGACUGGGCAGAAUCAGAGUGCAGGGCUGCCAGCUGGAGUGCCAGUUUACUGCAGCCCUGUGAAUCAUUCUCCACCUCCACCUCUCAGUGUGGGCAACCCCUGCCAAUCAGGCAGCUACAGAAACACAUGCAAUAGAACCCAGAACCAGUGUUGGUACUAACACACACACACACACACACACACACACACACACACACACACACACACACACACACGCACACACACACACACGCACACACACACAGUAGCACAGUCUGAGGGGGGUAGAAGAACCAAGGUGCAGAACUGUAGCCAUGUAUUCACAGGCUACACACUAUAGUGUUUGUGUCAGUAUUUAUCACUCGAAUGCACAACAUUCAGAGCAGCAGCAACAGACGUCCAGCCUCGUCUGUUUUCCGUGUACCGUUUUACCUAAAAUUUUCUUUUACAUGCACUGAUGUAUGUGUGAAUAUUUUCUGCCACUUGCAUUAGAACUGCUGGGUUUAUUUGCAUUAUGUCUACUAGUGCAAUGUACUAUAAAUAGAGUGUGUAUUAAUAUUUUAACAAGAUAGUAAUUGCAUAUUAUGAAUAAAACUAAUUUUUACUUCCCCAUGAAAUACAAAUUGUUCAGAAAUGUUCACUUUAACACUAAAACAUCUCUCAUCAAUCAUGCAACCUGGAUUUAAAUAAGUGAAUUCAGUACAUUCCAGCACCCAUCUGAAGGGACACAGAGCUGAUUGAAAGCUUCUGCUGCCUCCUCCCACAGUCCCAAUCAUUCAGAGAUAAUAAUGUCCAAAUCUGUAUUAAAUACAGGUUCACAAAACCAGAGACCAAGGAUGGAAGUUGAACUCGGAGACCAAGAACGACCAUAUGAUCUCCUAAAACAGGUCUAAAUCAAACCAGCAAUGAAAUCAAAUUCCACCCAUACUCAUCACUAGUAGAGUGAUGAGUAUGGGUGGAAUUCAGUGAGUAUAUCACUGAAAGAAAUCAAACACAAACAAAAAUGCAGCUUUAUUAAGGCUUUUUACUGAUUAGAGAAAGGAGAAACAGCUGCCAAAAUUAUAUCUUCACAAAACAUUGCCUUUAAACCCAACAAGUUAAUCUCAAUAUUCAAGUUGUCUCAAAUAUUCAAAAAUACUCGUUUGAAUAAAUGUAUCUAAUAUAAUACAAUUUAUCUGAAACAUUCUAUUUGAUUAAAAAAAAACAUUUUUAUAAGA